AUGGGCUCCAAGGCGGCACCUUCAAGAAGGUUACGACACCGGAGCGUCGCCAUCGCCCGACCGAGGAUCAGAGUUUCCCCUGGAGCAAUACGACGGGCGAUGAGAGCCGCGGUGACGCCUUCAAGAAGGGAACGAGCUUUGCCGCCGCCGGUCCGUCCGAAGAUAGAGCAGGUUUUCACCACGGCCAAUGCUCACCGCCUCCAAACGCCACACCCCGGCAACCACGCCGCCCGCACGGCCAUGGUCACCAGGCAGCACCGAGCCACGGGCUCUGCCCAAGAGCACCGCGCUACCACCACCAGGGCCACCGCCCCGGCAUCCAAGACCUUGACACCACCUCACUCGAGACCCGCCGCUACCCCAACCAAAGAGACGAGUGGAAAGGCCCCGCAUUUCGCACCCCUGGGCAGCUCCCAGCGCCGAGACCCAAUAGGCCAGUCAAAACUAGCCUCCAUUGAUCCGUCCUGCAGCACCGGGCGCGAGACGAGUUCGUGGUCGCCAGCACCUGCCGAACACAGCUCGCGCCCCUGCCGGCGACAAGUCCAGACAAGGCCUGGCCGGACCUGGCCGGCGGACAGCAAGGUCGCCACCACCAGGGGAGCCGGGCAGAGAAGGCCCAGACCCUGCCUCCACGCGCGCCAGACCCAAGCCCAACCGCCGCCGGAAGCAGAGCCGCAAGCCCUCGCACCAGAUCCGAUCCACCUGGACCAUGACGAGGAGCCGCGCGCCGCCCCUGACGCCCACAACCCCUUCACAUGGCCGCCGGCAGCCCGCGCCUCCGCCGCCAGCUACUGCCACCGCGCCGCCACGCCCCGUGCCCGCGUCGCGCCACCGCCCGACUCCGACAGCCUUCGCCACCAGGAACCGAGCAGGGGAAGGAUAAACGCCCCACCGCCAUCGAUGCUGGCCGGGCUAUGCCCGUCAGCUCGCGCGUGGCCGCGACGAGAAGGGGAGAAGGGGAAGGAGAGGCCCUUGGCCGACGGCUAG